AAAAGAGUGCCUCUGCUAAGCUCUAAGGAACUUCAUCCAGCUGAGCUACAGAUACUCACUUCCUCUGAUCCAAGGCUUCUAGAGUCCCCAAGUCACCCCUGGUGGGGUGCCCCAAUGAUGGGCAGUACUUUCAGUCAAGGGACUGAAUACCCUGGGCAGAAGAGAUCCCACAAGCCCCUCUGUUUCCAUUCCAAGGCCAAGGGCAACCAUAUCCUAUUGAAUGACUGCUACUCCAGGGCAGAAAGGAUCUCUACCUUUCACGGUGGCAUUGUCUUUACCAAUCGUCCAGUCCAGCCUUAUGAAAUAGUAACCCUCAGGAUCCUGAAAAAAGAGGAUAGAUGGAAUGGCGGACUCCGAGUGGGGUUCAGCUGCCUGAACCCCUCCAAUAUCAACCCUUGUAUGCUGCCCCCUUUCAUCUGCCCUGAUCUAAUAGCCCAGUCUCUCACCUGGGCAGCUGUCCUGCCUGAUCAACUCAUUAAGAUUGGAGAUGUCAUCCACUUUUGGGUGAACAACUCAGGAAAAGUCUUCUUGAGGACCAAUGAAGUCAAAAAGUUUCUGUUAUUCGAUGGAGUGACUGCAAACUCUCCUCUUUGGGCUGUAAUGGAUGUCUAUGGAACCACAAAAGCCAUUGAGCUGCUCACUCCUGUUAAGAAACCUUUCAGUCCCAGACUUCUGACACUGGUGUUCAGAAAGCAACCUUAUGAGCUCUGUUUCUGCCUCCCAGCUGGAGACGAAGACGAGUGUUCUGUCUGUCUGUGCCAUCGCAAGAACACGCGGCUCCUUCCUUGUGGCCACACCAUCCUCUGCUAUUGCUGUGCCAAUAGGAUCUUCAGAGACACGGCCAGGUGCCCCGUGUGCCGCCGGGGGAUCGAGCUGUUCUACCUGCAGAACAAACCCACUGCAGCGGAGGCUCAGCAUUUCUCCCAGGGCUCCGCCGUCCUGGGGAGCACCAAGAUCAGCUAACCUCGGACUUUUGCUCGGAUCGCCCUCCCCAGUGCAUGCUGGAUAAAGAGACUGAGGGUGAUUUCUUUUGACGUUACCCACCCUGGCUCCUCCUCUUUCAUACCCUGGAUAACAAAGACUAAGCGUCAGAAGCUUGAACUGAAAUCCUGGCUCUGUCACUAACUCGGUGUGUGAUCCUGGGCAAGUCACUCGAUGUCUCCAAGCCUCAGUUUCCUCAUCUGUAGAAUGGAGAUGCUAUCUACCUCACACAUUUGUCCUACGGAAUGCAUAAAAUAAUGUACAUAAAAUAUUUUGUAACCAUAAAGAACUAUAUAUUUAGAAACUUUUGUAACUGUUAUAUUUUAUUUAGAAACAUAUAAGAGUGAUAGGAAGUGAAUCUAUUGGUUGAGCAACAAUAAAGCAGGAAGACACAGAGGUAAAUGACAGAAGCAUCAACCCUCUUGUAUUCCUCUCUCCUCUACCCUUUGUACCACCUUCCACCUUUCCCCUCCCCCCACACAUAAAGAGUAGUUAAGUAAGAAGCUGAGAUAUGGGUUGGAGAUUUAAAAAAUCUCUAAAAUGGAAGGGACCUUGAGGCAUUUAGUUCAACCCCCUACCUGAAUGUGUUAGGGAACUACUUCUCAUCAAGCUGUCAUAGCCCCCAUUUAGAGAAUUCCAGUGCUAGGGCACUUAACAUAGCCCCCAGCAGCCCUUUUCAUUCUCACAGCUCUUAAUUGUUAAGAGAAGCAAGGUUCCUCCUCCCUGAGAAUUUAUUUGAGGAGAAUUUCCUUCCUAGUCAAAAAAUACCCUCAGAGCAACCCCUCCACACAGUUGAAGUUGGUGGGUACCUGGGGGUAUCCUUUGGGGAGUCUGUCAUCCUUGAGCAGUUAUAAUCCCAAAGUAUCAGAUGAGGUCAGCAAUUCCCCUGAGAGAUAGGAAACCUAGGCUCUCUGAAACAUUUAUAAACUUGAACAGGACUGUUCAAUUGGUUGCUUGACACCAUUAUAUACAGGAAACAGGAACCUUACUGAUCAACUGUCUAAUUUUAUAGGCCCUUGGAUGAAAGCUGGUGAAUCCAAAAAUUAGAAUUACCCCAAUCUUUUUAUUUCACAGAAGAAGGAAUUGAGGUUCAGACAUGUGAUUUACCCAUUUCUAUGUCUGACACUUUCUAGAUUAAGAAGUCAUUCAUCAUUGCUGAGACUCAGUUUCCUCAUAAAAAAUGGCGAAUAAGAAUAGUAAUCCCUGUGGUACCAGCUCUCGGUAUUGUUCUGAGAUUCAAAUAAGAUCCUAUCAAUAAAUGGUUUUGUAAACCUUAAAGUGUCAACUAUACUUAAUGUCCUACUCAUUUGUGACAGAGUUGAAACAAAUCCAAAUUCAAGCCAAAUAUUGUUUCCAGUGUCCUGGAGAUAACUUAAUCUCAGUUCUAGUCAAUGGUAUGCUGGUAAAUGUUUAACAACUGGAUGGCUGGAAAAAAAUGUAGGAAAUAGAUUUAAUCUUCAUUAUUAAUAU